AUGAGGCGCUGCGGCAGCAUCUCCUCGCCGCUCGCGGCUGCUGCCCUGCUCCUCCUCCUCCUCCUCGUCGGAGGCUGCUUCCACUGCGCGGCCGCGGCUCGCCUCCUGCCGCCUUCUUCUGUCCCAGCUCUGGUUCGCCAAGAGAAUGGUGUCAAAGCUGCUGGUGGUGCAGACGGCGGCCUGGUGGUGCUGCAGGAAGGUGGCGUCGGCAAUGGUGAAGAGCUCUCCAUGUCCGAGAUGAUGGGAGCAGAGUCGGAGGAGGGUGCAGUGGCGUGCGAGGAGGGCAACGACGAGGAUUGCAUGCAGAGGCGGCUGCUCCACGAGGCGCACCUCGACUACAUCUACACGCAGCACAAGGGCAAGCCAUGA